CGUCUUUCUCGCGUUUCAGCGUCUUCUCUUACAAGUUUCUUCUUUAUGAUAGUAUCUUUACAUUACUGUUACCUUUCUGAUAUCUAUCCUCGGCCGUCCCGUUUACCUACCUUGACUCAACCGGAGGCACUCCUAUCAACCUGACCUAGCCGGUCGCGACCUGUUAUUCAACAACGCUGUACAUACUGCCACUCAGUUGGUAGACCGUCACCAUGUUCGAGCGCGGCGUAGCGGAUCGUUAUCGUCUUCGAAUGCACCGGGCUCGCACGGUGGCCCUGACGUCGGACGAAAUCGUCGAGGUGCGAGCGGCCCAGCGGACCUUCGAGGGGGCCUACGUGCGCACGGCGCUGUCGCAGUUCUCCUUCGCCCUGGUCGUGCUGAAGAUCUUCACGAGCGAAUUCUACAGCACCGGUGCCCUGUUCGCCAUCUACGGCACUGGAAUCCUUGUUAUUGGUCUCUUUCGCCGCCAGCAGGGCAAUCGACAGUUCUUUUCCGAGGUGGGCGAGGACGGGGUGCGUCGACAUAAGUUUAGGACCAGUGGGAAUGCGGUGAUCGUCUUGACUGCUCUCAGUGUUGCGGCUUAUGCAACGCUUAUCGGACUCACCGUGCGAUUACAACAUUGACGGCGACGAGAACCACAUACUACUACUUCUACUCCUGUAUAUAGCGAUGUUUGGGUCUCUGGACGAGUGAUGCGUAACUGGCAUAACUGCCAAGCGCCAAGACUACCCGCAAAGGACGACAGGGCUCCGGACGACCCACCCGGCUUGGCCCACUACAGAUGACCGACGGGGUACGGUGCUAAAGAGUAAAGACAACGGAGCGGACGAAGCCAGAGUUGACAAACUCCGGUUCCAGCCAAAUUAACCGUGAGGAUGGACCACCGUGCUCGAAAGGGGAGGGGACAGUCACACAGGGGACGCCUUACUUCCACCCCAGAUUUGUAGUUCGUUGAUGUGAUCUCAACGAAAAAAAGCCACCGUCCCUCCAGACAAGCACGGCGCCAAGAUGAUGGUUGAACCAGGUGCAGGGGUGGUCGCGACGGAAGGUUUCCAGUCUAUUCUCUCCUAGUCCCCGCAGGUUCUUGUGAUUGAUGAUUGUUUAAUUAAAUGAGUGCUCGACAGUGUGUUUGACAACUGUGGCUGCUUGCUCUUAUGGAAG